AGGUACAUAGAACAAAUCAAAGACAGUAACACAUUAAAAGAUAGAGUCCACAAAGGUCCAUUGUUAGCUGUGGAAAAUGUGCUAGCGAGUAUAUACGAACAAUGAAACUAAGCAGGUUGUCAGUGGAACUAGUAGGAUGACUGGGGUGGGGGAGGGAUGGAGAAAGAGGGAAUGCAGGGGUUAUGAAAUUAGAGAAAUCAAUAGACCGCUACCCAAGCAAAAUGGGUGCUGUUCCACCCUCCUCUUUUUGAGCCCCCUCUCCCUUCAUUUCAGAACUGGUCUUUUCUGAUGCAAAAUCACCCACAUACUUUUGCUUUCUACAGAUAUAUCACAUCUGUUGGAUAUUUCCAACAUUGUCUUUUAUUUUUGAUUUAUGCCAUAUUCUGUCAUUGCCUUUUUACAAUUCCAGCCAGUUUUUUCCUUCUCUCUUACUCUCACUCUUUCUCCACGGUGUAUUCCUCAGGACAGGUGAGUCCGCACAGAUGUUCCCUUGGUUACAUUCACGACAACCAUUCUCUAUGUUUCUGACCUGAAUAUUGCCAGUGCCUUUUAAUGUCUAAUUUGGUCGCUGGUUUCUGAGACUUCACAAGCUUUUAAUCAUCAACUUGGUUAAUUAUGGCUGAAGGAGGAGAUGCCAAUAACACCAGCAAUGAUAAUGUGACUCUUCCAGGAGUAGCACCAGUCAAAUCUCAAUAUCUGAUCAGCAAAGAUAAAUUCCAUGAAUAUCUUGAUGACGAAAGAAAUAAAGACCUAAAACUUGCUGACAAUUUAGAUGCAAGUGAAGAUACUCUGAAGCAUGAAUCAAAAAAAGUUAAAAUUGGUGAUGAUCAUGAUGCAAAUGAAUCUGAAAAGAGUAGCGCAGAAAGUAAAGACAAUUGCAAAGAAAGUAAUAAGAAGGCCAGGGGCCAAAAUAAAAACAGGCCUCGUAUGAAGCCAAACCAGUAUGAACACGAUCGAAAAUUGUGUACCUCAGUAGUUCGGGAACAUCCAGGAAAAUGUUACUAUGGUGAAAAGUGCAGAUUUUUACAUGAUGUGUCAGAGUACCUGGCAUUGAAACCUGCUGAUCUUGGAGAAAAUUGCUACUUGUAUGAUACAUAUGGAAGAUGUCAAUAUGGCAUUUCCUGUCGCUAUGCACAAUCUCACAUUGGGCCAGAUAACAAGAAUCUUAUUAAGGAGGAUCUUAUGAAAAUGUGGGAAACAAAAGUGAUAGUGAAAAACACCAUUGGCAAAGAACUGCAGCAUAUUCUUCGUAAAAAAAAAUUUUCUUUUCCAAAAUCUGAGCAAUACUUGAAAAUGAUAAGUGUAAAUAAUGAUUCAAGAAAACAAAAUAAUCCAGAAGACAAAACAGGUUCCACCCAGGUUAAUACUGAUUUGAGAGUGGAGAUAGAGUCAGCUCUUAGUGUUGUAAGUGUAGCCACCCAAGAAAAUAGUGUUUGCAUACCACCAAAGAAUAACGUAAUUGCAGAAUCGCAGGAUAAAUUUGCCUGUCCUGGAAACUUAUUGGAAAAACAGACCAUUCCAGGUUCUGAAAUAGAUGCCAGUUCUGUAAAGGACAACAAACAAAUGUCUUCUGCAACUAGAUUAGGUGUUGUGACUGAUGAAGAUAUCAUAAAGCUUCGAUCGUGUGAGAAGAAACAACUGAACUUCAGAGAUAAGCUAUACCUGGCACCACUGACAACAUGUGGAAAUCUUCCUUUCCGUCGAAUCUGUAAAAGACUUGGAGCUGACAUCACUUGUGGAGAGAUGGCAAUGUGCACAAACCUUUUGCAAGGCCAGUCUUCAGAAUGGGCACUGUUGAAACGUCAUCACACAGAAGACUUCUUUGGAGUACAGCUAGACGGAGCUUUUCCGGACACCAUGACAAAAUGUGCAGAGCUUCUCAACCAGACGAUUGACGUUGAUUUUGUUGAUAUUAAUGUUGGCUGCCCAAUAGAUUUGGUAUAUCAGAAGGGUGCAGGUUGUGGUCUAAUGCAUCGUUUGACCAAAUUAGAACAGAUUGCAAGAGGAAUGAUUUAUGUGUUGGAUGUUCCAGUGACAGCAAAAUUAAGGACUGGUGUACAUGAAAAGAUCAAUAUUGCUCAUAAAAUAUUACCCCAUCUUAGGGAUUGUGGGCUUUCCAUGAUUACACUCCAUGGUCGGUCCAGAGAGCAACGAUACAGUAAAUUAGCAGACUGGAAUUACAUUGAUUACUGUGCUCAGUUGGCUAAACCAAUGCCAUUCUUUGGAAAUGGUGAUAUUUUGUCAUUUGAAGAUGCCAACAGAGCCAAGACAAUGACCGCUGUGUCCGGAGUUAUGAUUGCAAGAGGGGCACUAAUUAAACCAUGGCUAUUUACUGAAAUCAAAGAGCAACGACACUGGGAUAUUUCCUCACAAGAAAGAUUUGAGAUUCUCCAGGAUUAUAGUAACUAUGCGUUAGAGCACUGGGGAUCAGAUACACAAGGAGUGGAGAAGAGUAGAAGAUUUUUCUUGGAGUGGCUGUCAUUCCUAUGCAGGUAUAUUCCAGUAGGUCUUCUGGAACAUGUACCUCAAAAAAUCAAUGAAAGACCUCCUUAUUAUUUGGGCAGAGACUAUUUGGAAACCUUAAUGGCUAGCCAAAAUGUGUGUGACUGGAUCAAAUUAAGUGAAAUGCUAUUGGGACCUGUUCCUCCAAAUUUCACCUUCGUGCCUAAACAUAAAGCAAAUUCCUUCAAGUGAAAAUAAGAAGAGAAGCUGCAAGAAACUCAAUUGUUUUACUAAUGCCUUCACUAUUGAAUUCAUACUGAAAUUAUGUAUAACCUCAUGCAAAUUGAAUGCACUGAAUGUCGACUGGAGGGGUGAGCGAUUACUGAAUUGUAGAGGCUAUUAUUAUGGCUUCCUGUAAAUUUUAUGUAAUUAAUAUUUUUGGAAAUUUUAAAUAAAUAUUCAUUUACUUUCUUUCCA